AGCUCAGUUUUGGUAGCUUGAGGGACGUGUUUUUGUCACGUCGCUGAAAGGCGCUGAAAGAAGCGCGGACUGCUGGGCCCAUGGCGUACAAUGACUCCCCGUCACCCACACGCGUGACAAAGCCCUACUAUGCCAGCGGCGCCGCGCGCUGGACACGCGAGGCGGACAUGCAGAUCCCCGAUGAAGGCACCGCCGCCCGCCACUGCGUGCGGGUGGUCGAGGACUACCACCUCCUGGACUUCUCUGAACGACUGAACACUAGCUCUUAUGUGAAUGUGGUCUUUGAGCCAGAAGAAGAGAAGGUGGCCUUGAUGGGUCUCAAGGUGAACCUCGCCGAUCAGACCGUCUACCCUGAGUCCUUUCGAAUGCACAAUGACACCAUCAACAUGAUCGCGAAGGCUUGGCAUUGCCCGAAGCCCGACGACUUCGACGACUACGGCUGCUACGCGGGCGCCGGCACCGUGGGCUCCACCGAGGCCUGCUUGUUGGCGGGGCUGGCGCUGAAAUUCCGCUGGCGAAAGUGGUAUGGGCAGAAGUUUGGGAAGAACGAAGAUGAAGUGCGUGGCGUGUACCCCAACCUGGUGAUCUCCACGAUGUUCCAGGCUGCCUGGGAGAAGUUGUUCAAGUACAUGGACAUCCAACCACGCUUUGUGCCUCCCAGCUACAAGACCUUCACCUUGGAUCCCGCCAAGAUCAAGGACUUCAUCGAUGAGAAGACCAUCGGAGUGGUUUGCAUCAUGGGCAACCACUAUGGUGGCCAGUAUGACCCGGUGUGGGAGGUCGAUGCCAUGUUGGAGAAGAUCAAUGCGGAGAAGGGGUUGAAGGUGGGCAUUCACGUGGACGCCGCCUCCGGCGGUUUCAUCGCGCCCUUCCAGGAGGGUUUGCCACCCUGGGACUUCCGCUUGAAGAACGUUUUGUCCAUCUCUGCCAGUGGCCACAAGUUCGGAAACUCCUGCUGUGGCACAGGCUGGGUGAUCUGGCGCCAGCGGAAGGGACUGUCGGAGCACGUGGCCAUCAGCGUGUCCUACUUGGGAGGAAGUGCUGACUCCUACACGCUGAACUUCUCUCGGCCUGCGCAGGGCGUCUACGUGCAGUUCUACAAGUUUCUCCGGCUUGGCAAGAAGGGCUACGCGACGCAGGUGGCGAACCAGCUGGCCGUGGCGCAGUACCUUAGAGAAAGUUUGGAAGGCAUCAAGUACAAGGGCACUCCGAUCUUCACCAUUUUGGAUGCUGUGGGCAUGAGCGAACAGAAGCACUGCCUCCCUGUGGUGGCCGCCAUGAUCAACCCUGACCUUGGAUUGCCCUUCGAUGACAUCGAUUUCCAGCACGUGGUGGCACAAGGGCACUGGUAUGUGAGCGGCUAUCACAUGUCGAUGCACCAUCCGCUUACAGAGGAGUCGAUGCCUUUGUUCACCGACCAAUCCAAAGACCAAGCAAUGUUCAGAAUUGUGGUGAAGAACAACCUCACCAUGAGGAUGGCGGCGCAUUUGAUGGACGAGAUCAAUGCAGCCGUGACCUUCUUGACGGACCAUGGCAAGGGCUUUCAGCAUCGGAAGCCCAAACGCUUGUCGACGCAGAAGACUGUGCCGGCGUGCUGAGACCGUUGCGCGACCAGAGGGUUGAGUGUGGUAUCAGCAUCAGCACUGAGACAUAAAGACCAGUGAGGGUACUACUAUACGUAGCCCAUGGCCUGGGAUACAAGUACACUCUACCAGGGUCCCCUUUAAAACAACAACAGACAGAGGUGAUUCGGGGUGGUCAUUCACCACCAACUCGCGUAGAUACAAGCCCGCGGGAGGAUUACGAUGGCGGUAAAACUGCAUACAGUAGCUCGGU